AUGUCUGGGGUGUUUGACGUGGAUUUUGCUGAACUUCCGCAACCCUGCCCUAUGACGCAACCUCGUGGUCGUAGGGCCUUCAUUGCCUACAAGGAGGGGCUUGGCCACGCUCAAAAUUACUCCGAUCCCGUUACCACCAAGAACUCUGGCGUCGUGUGUGAGUAUACCGCGGCCGCAAUCAAUCCAAACUCUAGCUGUAUUUCUGUACAGCACUUUCAUCACAAUGGUCGUCCUCAAAUGCUCGCCUUCGGUGGUAGUCGGGCCGUCUGUUUAGCUCAAGCGGUCAAUAAUGAUAUUCGUGUAUUUCGGACACUUUCGGGCCAUAAAGAAACAGUCUCUUGCGUUAUGUGGAUCGACUCCUUCAAAGGGCCCACUAUCACUCGAUUUCAUAGUCUCCUUAUUUCUGCUUCAACAGAUGGUGAGGUUAAACUGUGGGACAUCGGAGAAGAUUCGCAGAGGGAAUUAAUUUCAUUUAAUGUCACAACCUCCGUAAUCAGUGUCCAUGGAUGCUACACCGAUGCGUCGGAGACCCAGCUAAUUGUCUGUGCAGCCAGCCAGGAUAGUAUCACAGGUUCUAUUCUAAAGCUCACACUCAGCAAUGGCGUUGCAUCUGCAGCUGAAACGAUGAGCGAGCAAUUUUGCAUUAAACUCGAGUCCUCUUCAUGCUUGACCUUACGCCUUGCCUGUUUAACUGGUCCACUCGUCCUCCUCUUUGCCGGAAUGACAACGGGUUGCCUGGAGGUGAGAUUAGUGAAACCAGGGGAGGCGUCGGUGUUCCUUGCUGGAACGUUGAAAGGCCAUGUCGAUUGGCUUAACUGCCUAGACUGUGUUCAAAUGUACCCCUCCAAGGAGGUGGAUGCCUCCCAAGUUGAAGGCGACCAUAUACUGCUAGCAACUGGGUCGCUGGAUAAACAAAUUCGAAUUUGGCAUGUGCAGCUUCUGGAAGGGAAAGACCGACUUCCAAGUGAAAAGGGACAACUGCUAGAACUUCCUACCCCCUAUCGGGGCACUCAUCGGCUUAUAGCACGAUUGGAGAGCGUUCUUUCCGCCCACGAUAACUGGGUGACAGAUGUGGCCUGGUCUCCUGUGCCAUGGACACCCAUGUCAUGCCCUCAACUGCUCUCCUCCAGUCGUGACAAAUCUUUGGUCAUUUGGGCGCCCUCUCAGCCCCUCUUCUCCAGCGUUGCUGCUAAUGGCGGUGGUGAUGAGGAGGCUCCAGACAUCUGGCUGGAGCAAGCGAGGUUCGGCACUGUCGGUGGUGCCUCCAUAGGUUACCUUGGCUGCGCCUGGGGACACUAUAACUCGGAGGUCUACGGGCACGGAUUCUGGGGUGAUCUUUCUACUUGGUCUACGAACUCGGAACCGCGCAUCACAUUAACUGGCCACUUUAAAUCGGUCACCAGUCUCUCCUGGUGUCGUGAAACAAUCGAUGGUGUUUCACUUGAAUCACCUUCAUGUCCUGCUUACCCACCCUACCUACUGACUGCCAGCCAAGACAGUACUGUCCGUUUGCAUGGUCUUUUUUACACCGGAGGAAGUGGCUGUUCCCCACCAGUUCGAAUGUGGCGCGAACUGGCACGCCCCCAGGUGCAUGGAUAUGAGAUGAAUGACAUUGUCAGUCUGGAUGUCGUUCACUACGUAUCAGCGGGUGAUGAAAAAGUGGGACGUGUAUUUUCAGCUACCAGCGGUUUCGUGAAGAGCCUCCUCAGUGAUGCUACCAUUGCCGCCCACCCUGGCCUGCAGACACUACCAACAAGCGCAGUCCAACAAGCCCUGGGUCUUUCAAAUCAAGCUGCAGUGGAAGAGGAAGAAGAGUCAAGUGGCGAAAGCAACGCUCCUCUCACUAAUCCCCUCUACCCGCCCACGGAGUCUGUACUUGCGGAGUCAACUCUCUGGACCGAGACAAACAAACUUUAUGGCCACAGCUACGAGGUUUUUUCUCUGGCGGCUCAUCCUAAGGGUUGUCUAGUUGCGUCCGCAUGUAAGGCAGCUAAGCAGGAGUUUGCACGAAUCCUCCUCUGGCGAACAGACAAUUGGCACAUCCACCAGCACCUUUCCUUCCACCGUUUGACCGUGAGCAAUAUGCGAUUUGAUAGCACGGGUGAUCGGUUGGUUUCCGUUUCGCGUGAUCGAAUGUGGGCACUGUGGAAGGUAGAUGGAAGUGCUGGCGAUGACUUUCCCACUUUUCAACUUCACAAGCACUCCCAACCGGGAAAAAACGCUCACUCUCGUAUCAUUUGGGCUUGUGCCUGGUCACCGGACUACAGAACUUUUCUAACUGCCUCACGGGACAAACAAAUUAUGGCCUGGGACGGUGAGAGUGGGGAGCGCGUGGCCCCGCCGUGGGUCCUCUCCGAAGCCAUAACAGCUUUUGAUGUAGGAUCAGACAUUUCUGGUCAUAAUGCCUUUUUUGCAACCGCGGGCUUUGAAACUGGUGGUAUUGAACUAUUGGCAAUAUCUCUUACCAGCGGUACCUGCCAGUCGCUGUGGAAAAUGCCGGCUGACUGGACACAUAUGGGUCUUCCAGUGCGUUGUUUGACUCUUCAUUCUCUGGACUCCGAAUCGGUUGCCUUGGCCAGUGGCGGUGAUGAUGGAAUUGUUCGAAUCUUCCGCAUAUCUCCUUCCUCUCUUAUGGAAUCAGCGACCAAUUGUCUUUGCUACGUGAUCAAGUGGUGGUUUGAUGUGAAGCUUAACUUCCGGGAUGCGAGCGCUGAAGUCAUCACCACCAUCACAGCUUAUUCUCACCCUCGCAGCAAGACGGCAGCGGAAUUUGCACGUCUACAAUGGAGCUUGAAGAGGACUUUAGAUUCCAUCACUUGUCUAAUCUUAUACUUCAGUGUGUACUCAAGCGAGCAGAAACAGACUGAAUUCACCUGCCUACUUGUCACUUCAUUCAGUCAAUUUUGGUUCUUCUUCAGUCUUCGGGCUUGGUCAAAUAUUGCUACUGCUUCUUACCACCAUCGGCGCAUUUUAUUCUCCUCUAACGAAGAAAAUUAUCAAGUAAAGUGGCGUACUUGUCUAACGCUCUUGCUUGCUGCCCUCAUUUCUGCAAUCAUCGCAGCUCUCGCCAUGGUCUACUACGCUGAGUACGAUUUUGAGUGGUCAUUCUGCGGCAACAUUUUUGAUUUUGAGGGCGAACUACUGCCUAAUCGCUUCAUUCUCGUGCGCUACUUGUACAUAGUGUCUAUCACUUUAAACUACCUCCUUCCCGUUACUGCUACAAUAUGGUUUUACUCGGAGGUAUUGGAGUCUUUAAGAGAAUUCGAAGCUCCGACUGUUGUUGUUGAGGCGGUGGAAAGACUUAUCCUCCUGGAUGGGUAUCUACUGUUAUGGCUGUCUGCGCCCAUCCACAUGCUGGAAUUGAUUCAACUCAUGCAUUGGAAGGAGGAACUGCCACACGGUAAUGUCUAUGUAAAAGUACUUACGAUGAUCGCCGGCGCCUACUGCAUUAUGCACCCCAUUUGUCGCCUUGUUCUAAAUAAGACCUUUAGGAAUAAAUAG